UUUAGGGUCGCGUUUGACAUUUGACAUUUGAACCAGUUGAAAGGGAAAAAAUGGCAGAUACACUUAACCUGCCAGUUGCUGAAAAUUUGAACACGAAGAAUGGGAACUUUAUAUGUGGAGUAGUGGAGGGAUUUUAUGGACGGCCAUGGACUACCGAACAGAGAAAAGAUUUAUUUCAAAAGAUGAAGAAAUGGGGAAUGGAAUCAUAUGUUUAUGCUCCAAAGGAUGAUUACAAGCACAGGGCUUACUGGAGGGAGCUUUACACGGUGGAAGAGGCUGAACAUUUGACCAGUUUGAUAACGGCAGCGCGCGAUCAGAAUGUGACCUUUUAUUACGCCCUUUCUCCGGGCUUAGAUAUAACGUACAGCAAUUCUAAGGAGAUCCUCGCCCUAAAACGGAAAUUAGAGCAAGUCUCGCAAUUUGGGUGCGUAGCAUUCGCGUUAUUGUUCGACGACAUCGAGCCGGAAAUGUCGGAAGCAGAUAAAGAAGUAUUCCAAUCGUUCGCACAUGCCCAAGUAUCCGUGACGAAUGAGAUUUAUCAGCACUUGAACCAACCGAAGUUCUUGGUUUGCCCUACACAGUACUGCGCGACGAGGGCCAUUCCGAACGUCAGUAACAGCGAAUAUUUGAAUACUCUGGGUUCGAAGCUAGCCCUGGAGAUCGACAUAAUGUGGACCGGUCCCAAAGUGAUCUCGCGAUUGCUGACCAAAGAAUCGAUUCAGGAGAUUACUGACGUGUUGCGACGCCCGCCCGUUAUUUGGGAUAAUCUUCACGCGAACGAUUACGACCAGAAGAGGGUGUUUCUAGGACCGUAUUCGGGACGAUCUCCUGAUCUUAUACCUAAGUUGCGGGGCGUACUGACGAAUCCCAACUGCGAGUACGGGGCUAAUUUCAUUGCCAUUCACACUUUGGCCCAAUGGUCAAGGUGCAACGUCGACGGACAACGGGAUCUAACUUUGAACGAUACCGUGUCGGCCGACAUCAAAUUGGAGACUGAAACAGAGGAUGGUCUUCUGGGGGAGGACGUUCCGACGACGCUCUCACCGAACAUGUAUCAUCCGAGGCAAGCUUUAAGGAACGCCAUCAGAGAAUGGCUGCCAGAGUUCGAGAGACACAAAGCAGCUUGGGGCCCGAUUGCCAAACCCCAGCCGGUUGUGGCUAUUGUACCUGUACCAAUCAUACCAUCCAUCAACACUUGCAUGAGUCUAACGACAACCACCACGACCACCUCGGUUGGAACGACAACGACUCCCAUAGUCAACACGACGCAGCUACAAGCACUCGCGGAAGUUUGCAGUACCGUUAGCGUAUCGGCCAAUGAGAGCUUGAUUAAUCCUCUCCCCGGGCCCGUCAUGAAUUCGCUAGUCUCGGAAACCAAGGUAAUUUGUAACGAAUCAAUUCCGAAUCCAAUCACUCCGGCUCCGAUCCCGGUGAAGGUGGUCUCCGCGGACAACACACCCUUGCCAACGAACUUGACCAUCCUCAACGGCGUCAUCUUCAAAGACAAAGAGAACGGAGCAUUUAAAGUGCCAGCCGACGAUUUGUCGACUAAAACUGAUGCGGAUUCAAUCAAAGAUGAGAUGAAUACUGAUCCAACGACCGAUGUUAGCAACGAGAGCAGCCUCAGUCCAUCCGAACCGAUGGAUUGCAACAGCACCCCGAACAUAUCACCAGCGCACAUUGGAAAAAUCAUCGGGUCAAGCGAGGACGUCGCCAUGAGCGAAACUUCAGGGUCGAGUAUGGUGGUGGAAAAUAACGACAUCAACCAGAUGCAAGUAGAAAACAUGAACGAUAACAAGAGGAAAGGUCAAUUGACUGUGGAAGAUUUACAACUGCUCAGCGAUUUAUUUUAUCUGCCCUUUGAACACGGCGGACAGGGUCUGCAGUUGCUUCAGGAAUUCAAUUGGCUGAAAUCGAACGCACAACUUGUGAUCAGCGCCAAUCAAAAUACCGAUACCAGUCAACCAGAAAUCCAGGAGUGGUUCGAGAGAGCGGCUAAAAUGAAUGAGAUGACGCAGUCCGUGAACAAACUGUUUGAGCACCUCUCCAUUUGUAAUAAUCGUGAGCUGCUCUACGACCUCUACUCCUACGUGUGGGACAUACGCGGGGUGGUUUCGCUUUUGAAUUCGUAUAUCAAGUGGCUCGCGGGCGGCCAGUUUCCAUCUUCUAUGCCAUCAUACACCCAAGGAACCUACACAUGGUUCUCCAAGGGCUGGAAAGAGACGUUCAUGAGCGGGGAGCAGGAGCCGUGGGUGUUCCGUGGCGGGUUGACCGCUGAUUUACAAAGGUUGAUACCAGUUGAUUCCGGAAACGAUCUGUUUGUGUACAAAGCCCCGGAUAUUCCUACGAGCCGCGUGUACACAAUUCGUCCGUACAAUUGCCAAGACGAAGCACAAGUUUACUCAGUUUGCACAAGGACCUGCAAGAAUGGCCUCGAGGAUAUCGAACUUCCCGUCAAGUUCAAGAAUCUGCACGCCGACAGAUUCGUUGGCGCUUUUUUGACUUUGCUACCAGAAUUCUGCAUGGUCGUGGAGGAUGACACAGAGAUCGUGGGCUUUGUCUGCGCAGCUCCCGACUACAAGAAGUUCAGGGCGAAACAGGAGGUUUCUUGGAUCCCGGAAAUGUGCGGUAAAUAUCCACAAUCUGAAGAAAACAAAGACUUGUCCAAGCUGGCGCAAGAGAGCAUCGCAGUCUUUCACGAAUUUGCCGAUGAGAUCUACGUGAGCAGCCCCACGCAUCCGAGCACCAUGAUAUGUAGUUUACUACCUUCGGUUUUGGAUCAAUCGGUUAGCAAGCGACUGGUCACCUGCUUAUUAGCAGCUUUAAGAGCCAACGGCUCCUUCGGCGUUCAUGUUAUAAUGAAUUCCACAGACAGCUACACGCACGCAUUCUACGGGAAGCUGGGCUUCAUCGAGAACUCGCACGAAGCAAUCAAAGGAAAAAUUGUGAUGGGACGCACGUUUUAAUCCUUCGGACAAAAAUCAUUACAAACAAUAUAUAUAUAUCAAGAUUUUUGUUCCAUAUACAUAAUCUUAUUAUAUAACGCAAUGUUUAUUUCAUUUCGUUUCUGUUUGUUGUUUAAGAUAAA